CGAAUGUGUAAAUAAUUCUACACAAAAGCGUUACGAUAAUGAUGGAAACUCCAGAAUCGAUUACGAGAGUAUACGAAAACGCCGAUCAUAUUUUGCAAGUGAAUGAACUUUCUGGAGAGGAAACUGAAGAAAUAAAGCGACUGAAUGCGGAACUGAGAAGGCUUCAAACGGAAUUAGAUGAAUAUCGUUCAUUAGUCACAGUUGCCGAAUGUGAGAAAGAAAAUGUUUAUGAAACGGAACAAAGAAAACAUGAAGAAGAACGUGCUUCAUUUGAAAGGAUAAUGCAAGAAGCAGUCCAAGAAGCUGUGAGGAGUACAUCUAGUCAAUUUGAGAAAAAGCUUAGCCAAAUUCAAAAAGUGAAUGAAAAAUUGGAAGCGGAAUUGCAAGAACUAAAGAAUCGUGAAAAGGUUGAUUUAUCUCGAGAAGGUGUUUUAGCAACAGUAACUAAGUCUUUAAAGAGAGUUGGAAAUUUAGGUGCUCCUCUUCCUUUUACUUCAAGUACGGGUGAAUCUAAGGAAAAUUUAGAAGAAAGUAUGAGAAAGGCUCAGGAAGAAACGGAAAUGUUACGAAGCUUAGUUGUCCCUCUGGAGGAAGAGAUCAAGGCAUUGAAGGACAAAUUGCGCACAACAGAUGAGCAAUUGAGGUUAUAUGAAACAGCUUUUGCGGAUUUAGUAAAAGGUUUAGGAUCUGAUUCCUUAGCCGAGAUGAUAAAAGGAAAAGGACCGGCAGAAGUGGUUGAGCACUUGGAUGAAAAACUUACUACACUAAGUCAAGUACUUCAGGCUGAAAAAGCUUCUAGAAGUGAUUUAGAAAUGUAUGUUGCUGUGUUAAAUACUCAAAAAGCUGUGAUGCAUGAAGAUAUGGACAAGAUAAAGUUGGAAUUUCAGGAAAUUUGUCAGUUGCUUGAAAAAGAAAAGAAGGAACAUGCUCAGCUGAAAAGAACAUGGCAGAUGGCAAAUGAUCAGUUUUUAGAAGCACAGCGACUGCAAAUCAUGGACAUGAGAAGAAUGCAAAGUGUUUUAACAUCAGAACAACAGAGACAGAUUGCUGAGAUUAAGAAGAAAGAUGAACAAAAAUUAGAGCUUGAAAGGCAAGUCAAAAGAUCUGAAAAGAAGGAAAUUGAAGAAACUAAAGUGAGUGAAGGUAAACGAAGACUACCUCCCUUUUCAAGGCCAUCUUCAGCUAAGCUCAUUAAAAGUUCACCUGUGUCCAAUCAUAAGCUUCUCUCAAGCAGUAGCAAGUUGAGUGAUGAAUUGGAUGUCCCUAUUAAUGUUUCUGCUAGAGCUAGAAGCAUACCAGCAAAUCUGAAUCUGGCAAAUAAUGAUGCAUUUAAUGAGAAACGAUCAUUGUCUAGUUCUGCUCUGAAUGGAAUGGCAAAAAGUUCAGGUCAAACUUCUCCUUUGCUUCCCAUCAACUCUCCACCUGUCAAAGAAGCACAAAUGACCCCAUCCACGCCAAAAAAAUUACAUAGUCUCACACAAGAUCAACUCAAAGCACUUUCUGAUUUGACCCCUGAACUGGAAGUAAGAAAGUCACUUUUAGAUAAUGCUCGUGCAGAAGAAGAAAGUUUUUCCUUAGUUGGUAAAAGAUUAGUUAGUGAAAAUGAGUGGCAGCUACUGGAAGAAGAGUUGCGACGAGCUCGUGAGAAGCUAGGUCAGCCGUGUGAAAUGUGUUGCAAUUAUGAGCUACAACUACAACAGGUGCAAAGAAUGGAAGUGGAGCAAAGACUUAAAGCUUCUGCUACCGAACAAACUUUAGAAGAAUAUAAGAAGGAUUUGCACAAAGAGCAAGAAUAUCGGCAAGAAAUGGAAGAAAAGUUCAAUGAAAUUGCUAAAGAAUGUGAGCAAAAGGUUAGUGAGUUAUUUAAAGUGCAGGAAGAUUUAGAGAAAACUUUCGGCCAUCUGAAGAGCAACCAAGAGAAUUGUCGUAUGGAAUUAAAUGAAUUUCAGGCACAAGUUACUUCUGAAAGAGAUUCUUUAAAGCAUGAGUUGGAGAAAUUGCAGCAAGAAAAUAGUCUUUUGUUAGGAAAACAUAUAGCUCAAGCUCAACAAAUGCAAAAUGAAAUUAUUAAUUUACCAAGCUCUGCACAGGAAUUAGAAUUUUAUUGCCUUCAAAAGUUAGAAGAUCUUAUUACUAUAAAAGCAGCUAAGGAAGAUUUAGAAGAGUCCUUAAAAAGUGAGAUUCAAAUGUUAAGGAAUCAGUUGACUUCUGAACAAACGGCCAAGGAAAAGUUAGAAGAAACUUUUACUCAAGAAUUAGAUAGUCUUAGGUGUCAAAUUGAAAUUUUAGAAACUGUGAAACAAGAGCUUGAAGUACAGCGAAUGCAAAAUAGUGAAAGAGAACAACGGCUGCUAUCUUUAAAAGAUAUAUUGAGAGAAAAGGAAGAAAAAAUUUCUGAACUUCAAUCUCAGUUAGAAAGUCUAAUGACUGCAAAGCAAAAAUUAGAUGAGGAGGUACAUGAGUUGAAAUCCAAAGUUCAGGGCCUUCAGUCUGAUUUAGACAACAGCGAAGCAGUUCAGAGAGACUUUGUAAAGCUGUCUCAGUCUCUUCAGAUGGAACUAGAGAAACUUCGUUCAUCUGAAAUUGAGGUGCGGUGGCAGCAUGAAGAAGAUGUCUCAAAGUGCAAUUCUUGUGGAAAACAGUUCCAAAGCCGUAAAGAAAAGAACCAUUGUAAGCACUGUGGGAAGAUAUUUUGCCUUGACUGUUCUUCUAAAACUGUAAAUAGUGGACCUAAACAAAGGCCUUUUAAAGUCUGCAAUGUGUGCCAUACACUGCUAGAUGAAAAAACUGCACCAUAUUUUAGCAGUGAACCUCCACAAACUCCUAGUUAA